AUGGAAAAAUACGUCAAGGUGCGUAAGAUUGGUCAAGGGAGUUAUGGAAGUGCGUUCUUGGCGACGAGGAAAUCCGCAGAUGCAAGUGAGCAGAAGCAGCAGUUUGUGAUCAAAGAAAUCGUGCUGGACCCUCGCGACCAGGCGAAUGCUCAACGAGAAGCUCGACUACUAGCAGCGCUGGAUCAUCCCAACAUUAUCGCUUGCAAAGAGAGCUUCUUACUAAAGCCAUCGACCUCCAGUUUAGCAUAUCUUGGACGUCAUCAACAGCGUCCUACGGUCUUGUGUAUCGUGACGGAGUUCGCAGACGGCGGAGAUUUGAGUAAUGAACUCGAGAAAAGAGCCAAACGCCGCGCGGUUUUCGAACCGGACGAGCUACUUGGUCUGUUCGUGCAGGUUUGUCUUGCACUUAAACAUCUUCACGACCGUAAAAUUCUGCAUCGCGACGUGAAACCGGCCAAUAUUUUCCUUACGAAGGCAGGUGUCGUGAAAGUUGGAGAUCUGGGCGUUGCCACAGUGCUAAGCCACACGUUGGCGUGUGCACAGACUUCCAUCGGGACUCCGUACUACACGGCACCUGAAAUCUGUCUGGGUAAGCGCUACAACGCCAAAGCAGACGUCUGGAGUCUGGGCUGUGUAUUGUUCGAGAUGGCGUCGUUCAUGCACGUCUUUGACGGUCGCAGUCAACGUCAAUUAUUUGAAAACAUCGUACGCGGCGUGACGCCCCAGCUACCGGCGUGUGGGAACUUGAACAGCAUCAAACGUGAGCUACAAGCCUUGGUGGAUGACAUGCUACGGAAGGAACCACGAGCUCGGCCAAGUGUGAACCAACUCAUCCGUCGACCUCUGGUAUUAGCUCGAAUCCAAACCUUCUUAUCGGCUCGUGCACUCGCCUCCGAGCUGAACCACACAGUACUUCAUGGAGAGAAUAUCUUCCGAAAGAAGAUAGUACUUGAAGACAAACCCGUGACCAUCGCUCAGCAGAUACGUCGUGCCGAACCCGUUGCUCGAGUUCCAUCAAUGAACGCUGUUGCUAAACCUUCUCGUCAGCAACAAAAACUGAGGAGAACUCCUGAAAGAGUGGACUCUCUGUUGGGUGCUAGUCGAAAAGCUCGAGGCCUCCCUGGUGGUCCUUUCAGACGUAUUCAAAGACUAAUUCAACCAGCUCGAGCUCCUGUCAAAGCCCCCAACGUCGCUAAGCAACGUGCAGUACCUGCCAAGACAAAGCGAGUAGGAUCGCAGAGUUCAGCACAAGUCAAGGCGAAACUUAAAGCUCAACUCGAAGCCAACAAAGCCGCUGCUGCCGCAGUGGCUGCACUUCCUGACCCUCCAACCACGUUGAAGUUAAAAGACAAAGAUCACAGUCACAAUGGAAUCUCAGAACGUGCAGCAGCAUUCAACGCAAAGGUGACUCCGUCAAAGGCAGUCGUGAAGAAAACUGGCGUGUCUAGUAAAUCUAAGCAACCUGCACGAGCGUAUCCGAAGCCGACGGCCAUUGGAGUCUCUGGCAAAACACUCAAAAGCAGUAAGCAAACUCCUUCGCCAGCUCCAAUGGGAAGUCGUCGCCAACCCUCGAAACAAAAAACUCCAAUAUCAGCGCCAAGACCUCGAGGCGCUGUAGUCGGUAAGAGUCAGCCAUCGUUUCGAGAACAUCGACUAGAGUUCCAGCGAAAGAACCGUGAUCAACCUCGCACUCCACUGGCGUCUCCACUGGACGACCCCGUCAUUUUGGUUCAGCAACUACCCGACUUUAAGUCUCCUCCAGCCACUGUAUCUCCUCCUCCAGCCCCAACAACUCUCACCUCGUCCUUACCAGAAUGCACAGACAAAGAUCCUCCUUCAACACCCAAUCCAGACGACGAACAAGAACAAGACUUAACUUCUCUUCCAUGGAUGGCAAACCUAGAGUUCGAGCGCAUGGUGCUGCAACUUAAAAGCGCUAUCGAGUCCGACACUACGAGUGACGACGAGAACGACGAAGAAGAUGAGAACUCGGACGAGACCUUCGAUCCCAACUCUUCUCCUCCACCAUAUUCCACAAACCCACUGGAGAUCUUGAGCAUCUCCGUUCUGGAAGACUCAACCUUCCGUUCGGCACUUCAAAAACGUAUCCAACAGCUCAAACCGAACACUGCAGCUCCAUCUACCGACCAAGUUACUGAAGAAAACGUCGAAGACCAUGUCGAUCCAACACAACAAGCUACACUUCAGUGGAUGCAGACGUACAUCACGUCUCUACUGUAA